GCUCUUCCCUUUUUUCUUUCUCUCUCUUAAUGGAGUUUAUUGAAACGAACGCCGGCACCGUGAAGCGCACCUCCUGCGCCGCCUACGGAGGCUGGUGCAUCGGCCAAACACGACGCUAGCAGCUUUACUGGAAAUUCUAUCUUUUCUUCUUUUCACUCCUGUACGCACACCUUCGGCCUUCUCUCCUCCUGGCUUUUCCGCAAAUUCCGUAGAAUCCGCACGUUCCCACACGUGCACCAGAUAUUAUCUUUCACGCGGUGUCGUGCCAACUCAAACCCGUGGGCAGCUACAACUCGAUUGCCGUUUGACGUGCAUCCGGCAAACGCCUCUGUGCAGUCCUUUUGUGGAUGGCGCUAUCUUUUCUGGAAUUUAUGAUUUGUAAAAUACCAACGUGGACGCGCCAUCAAAAACGUCUUCAACAUAAUUAUCUGUAAACUGUAUCUGUACUGUUUAACACCCUGCCGCUGCGCUUGCACCCGAGCCGCCUGCGUCCGAUCGCACCCAGCUGUGCGGGCCUUCCUCAACGCACACCCAAGAGAGCAUGAAGUUCAUCCCCAUCGACAGCUUUAGCACCCUCAACUCCCUCCUUUUAGGCGUGGAGGCGCAGGGCUGCCGCAUCACGGUGCGGCUGGAGGCGUACACGUGCCGACACACGAAAGAGGAGAAGCAAAUCGCCAACAGCAUCGCCAGCUAUCAAAACAAUGUGCAAAUGACGCCGCCCAUCAGCCCCUCGCCGGGCGUCGCCUCCUUCGACGGCUUCGCUGUACCGCAGCCGCUGCCGCCGCUGGUGCUCGGCGGGGGCAGCGGAGGGGAGGUCGGCGGCUACACCCCGGUUGACCCCGAGGCGUUGGAUGAGCGGCUGGUGUACUUCGUCACGGCACUGAACACCGUCUACGAGAGCGACGGCUACGACUUCUCGGUGCUGCAGGAGGAUGACUUCGUCUGCUACACGGAGCCGCAGCUCAAGACGGAGGUGCAGAACACGCUCGACUCGCUGCCGGAGCAGUGCGGCCCGGCGGUGCAGCGCUUCUGGCCCACAGUUGACGAGGUGGUCGACAACGCGGCGGGCGGGUGCGAGUACUACGAGUUCCGCUGCCCCUCCUGCGACCCGUUGGCGGACAGCACCGUCUACUCGCGGCACUACAUCCUCUACAACAAGAGGAAGAAGGUGCUGGUGUUGGUGGUCGAGUACGGCGAGAGUAACCCGUACCGCGGCGAUGACGGUCUUUUGCGGGCGGUGGGAGGGGCGGGGAUAGCGGGGUGGGAAGUCGAGAGCCCGACCUACAUCAGCACGCCGGAUCACGACGACGAGGAGGAGCCGGAGUACGUGGGAGGCAAGAACAAAGACUUCUACGGCUAUUAG